AUGUCAAAGUUCACACGCCGAAAACGCUCUGCCAAAAAGGAUACUUGGCUGCGUGUGCUUGAAGUUUUAUUCUUUCUGAUUUUACACAUAAGUGGCAUUGAUGCAUUGGCGCAUCCCAGCGCUGCGCAGGAGCACGAUAUGCUGAUACUGGACGCCUUGUCGAGGCGCAGCAGCGGCGGUUACUACAGCGAGGGUUCUGUCAUGGAAAUGCUGGCGAGAAUGAUUCCGCAGUCUUGCCGCUUUCGUGGACAUAAAUUCGAAUGCGGUCUCUCCAUUUCGUGUGUGUUGGGCGGCGGCAAACCGCUUGACCUCUGCUCGGGCGGCAUGAUCUGGUCGUGCUGUGUGGACAAAGAUCUCGACGCGGAGGACACGCACGCAAGUCAAGUCAACAAUACAAGUGACAUCAUACACUUGCACGACAUCUAUCCCGACUUGGCGAGCCACAACAAGCACCCGCCACAUAGUGGACUCGGCAGCAGUUCACAGUUACACAAUUUGCAUAAUAGUCAUGGUGCAACACAAAGUAACAACGUACACACCACCAACAUAGCAACGCAUAACACACUGGGCGCCUCACGACCGCCAGUUCAUCACUAUCCCACCGUCAUCAGUAAUCAUCAGUACCAAGUGACGCAAUCGCUGUACACGACAAAGCGACCCUACAAGCCGCACAUCUAUCGACCGGCAACGACGGGGGGUGGCGCUGUGGCACAGUCUAGCAAUUGGGAGCAUGAGUCAAAUCACCUGGGCAACGGCAUCACCAAUCAUUUGGACACUUUCUUCGAUGUGGAUCGACCGCCCGCGCACUCGUCGGAGAGCGGACCACAUGAGUUGUUGCCACAUCCACAGCCCUUUGCGGUGGGCAAUGUACUCGAUUUGAAUGCAGGCGAAGCGGCGGAGGAUUACAGUGGCGGUGCCGGUGGUGGAAUUUAUGCUGACGGAACGACGUAUCGACCAGUGCCGGGUUGUGGCGAGGUAUACGCGCGCUCGAAUCGCAUUGUGGGUGGACACUCGACGGGCUUCGGUUCACAUCCCUGGCAGGUGGCGCUGAUUAAGAGUGGAUUUCUCUCGCGGAAACUUAGCUGUGGCGGUGCGCUCAUCUCGAAUCGCUGGGUCGUCACGGCGGCGCAUUGUGUAGCAACAACCGCCAACUCUAAUAUGAAAAUCCGCCUGGGCGAAUGGGAUGUGCGUGGACAAGAUGAGCGACUCAAUCACGAAGAAUAUGGCAUUGAACGCAAAGAAGUGCAUCCACACUACAAUCCGGCAGAUUUCAAGAACGACUUGGCGCUGAUAAGAUUGGAUCGCAAUGUUGUCUACAAACAGCACAUAAUACCCGUAUGUUUGCCGCCGCCAGCCACGAAGUUGGUGGGCAAAAUGGCGACAGUAGCUGGAUGGGGACGCACGCGGCACGGACAGAGCACGGUGCCCUCAGUGCUGCAGGAAGUGGACGUCGAGGUGCUGUCGAAUGAUCGCUGUCAGCGCUGGUUCCGUGCAGCGGGUCGUCGAGAGGCAAUACACGAUGUCUUCCUUUGCGCCGGCUAUAAGGAGGGUGGACGCGAUUCGUGCCAAGGCGACUCUGGUGGUCCGUUAACACUGUCCUUGGAUGGCCGUAAAACGCUCAUCGGUUUGGUGUCGUGGGGUAUCGGUUGCGGGCGUGAACAUCUGCCUGGUGUUUAUACGAAUAUACAGAAAUUUGUGCCGUGGAUCAAUAAAGUGAUGGCCAACGAUAAUGCGUAG